GCCAGUUGUGUCUUGAACUCCAUACAGUGUGGUUCGUUUGAUUAUAGAAAAUAGUUACAUUUCGACAAAUCCGCGGAGUACAGUGAUUAGUUUGGUGGUAGAGUGUCAUAUUUUGUUUUGGAACAGUCUUCUCCAUAAGGUAUACUAUGGCCAUUAGCAGCAGAUCACGUUUGAUUAUGAAACUCUCACGUCAGCUGGAGCAGGACAAUCAAGAAUUUAAUAAAUGGUCAGUAAAGAACUCUGAGGCUACGAAGCCCACACAAGAAGCUACAACUACGUCUACAGACAAAUCUAUAUCUGCUGUAGAUACUGAAACAUUUUCAGUUGCGGACACCUUGAAAACUCCUACUUUACCUAUUAAUCUCACCAGAUCAACUGACUAUGUGGGAAAAUUAGUCUUUCCUGGUAAUAUGGACAACUGCGCAGUGGCUUCAAAUAUAUCGUCUGGUGAGGGUAAUACCAAGGAGAACAAUGGUUCUGGGUAUUGUAGGAGAACUUCGAAUGAAGGAAGUGAAUGUACAAAUAGUGAGGGUGAACCUUAUGGAUCGGAUGACUCGGUAGCGGACCCUGACUUUAUAGCAUCCGAUGGCGAGGUACCAGAUAUAGAAAAUAAUCCAAGCUUGACGAACAUUGAGGCUGAAUAUCAAAAUGAAACAGUAACAGUUGGUGUUCAAAAAAGAAUAGGACGAAAGCGGAAGUCAAACAAAGAUGCGUGGCUGAAAAAUUCUGCAAAAAGACUUCGAAAUAGUGGUCAAGCAUAUCGGUCAGCAAAACAAGUGGAGCAAGUUGAUGGGGCAAAAAAAUAUGUGUAUGUUCAAAGAGAUGAGAAAAAGAUGGGACCUCCCUGCAAUGAUAAGUGUCGGCUAAAAUGCUUUGAAAAAAUAGGACCUGAAGCUAGAAACACACUAUUUAAAUCCUAUUGGGAAAUGGGUGACCUUCAAAGACAGCGUAAUUUUAUACUCUCCAAUAUGACGCCUAUCCAACCAAAAUACAGAUACGAGAAAGCUGACAGUUGUCGUCGUCUCAACAAUGCCUUUUAUUUGGGAAUCGGAAAUGAAGGAAGAAUCAGAGUUUGCAAAUAUUUCUUCAUUUCAACCUUAGGCAUCAACUCUAGGGUGAUACGAACUGUUGUUAUGAAGCAAGAAAAUGUAUGCAGUGGUAUGCUCAAAGUCGACUUAAGAGGAAAACAUAAAAGUCAUGUGACAGUUCCAGAUGAACUCAAAAAUGGUGUAAGACAACACAUAAUAAGCAUUCCUAGAAUCGAAAGCCACUAUUGCCGAUCGCAGACACAAAAAGAGUAUAUAGAAGGUGGAAAGACAAUUUCGCAGCUUUACACUCAUUACAAAAAAACUUGCACAGACCAAAACUUACCUUUUGUCAAAUACUCUAUGUACUACACCAUUUUUAAUACUGAAUUUAAUAUCGGAUUUUUUAACCCCAAAAAAGAUCAAUGUGAGCUUUGUCUUGCCUUUGCAAAUGCAAAUGAAGAGAAUCGCUUACAAAUGCAAGACCCAUAUAACGAACACAUUACCGAGAAAGAGCUAGCUCGCGUUGAAAAAGCCAAUGAUAAGAAUUCUGACAAAAUUGUCGUUGUUUACGAUCUACAGGCGGUUCUACCAUGUCCAUCCGGAGAGGCUCAGUCAUUUUAUUAUGUUUCUAAGUUGAACGUUUUCAACUUUUCUAUGUUCCGCCUACAAACAAAAGAUGUUACAUGUUACCUUUGGCAUGAGGGACAAGGACAUAGAGGUGCAAACGAAAUCGGAUCUUGUGUUUGGGACUACCUGGAGAAUCUGGAUCAAGAAAUUGACUCGCUGGGCACAAAUGAAAAAAAAGAUGUAGUGUUUUAUUCCGACAAUUGCGUUGGACAGCAGAAAAAUAAGUUUAUGGUCGCACUGUAUGUCUACGCUGUUUGUAAACUAAAGUGUAUACAAUCAAUAACACAUAAGUUCCUGACAGUUGGUCAUACCCAAAAUGAGGGUGAUAGUGUACAUUCAGUAAUUGAAAGGCGGGUUAGAAGAUUUAAGAAAAACGGUCCAAUCUAUGUACCUGAGCAGUACGUCAAUAUAAUACGAGAUGCGAGGAAAACGGGGAAACCUUAUGCUGUUAAAGAAAUGUGUUACCAAAGUUUUUUUGAUCUCAAAGACCUCACUAGUCAGAUAGGACUAAAUAUCAACAAAAUUGCUGACGCUAGAGUAAUAUCUGUCAACAAAGAUCAGCCUACAGUCAUAUUAAUGAAAGACUCCUUUGGUCAAGAGGAAUUCAGUAUAACCAACUUGUUUAACUCACGACGUAAACCUGUAAGCAUAGAAGAUUUACAAUUAAAACAAGCUUAUAGAUCGAAGCCCGGAAUAACAGAUAAAAAAAAGAAAGGUUUGCUGUCUCUGAUUUCAAAACCGGGAACAAAAAAAUCGCUAACACGACCGGUUCCCACGUAUUAUGAAGACUACUAUAAAAACUUAUGAAUCUAUUGUAGCCAGUUGUCAUAAAUUCAAUAAAGUCUGUCAAUAUUAUAACUUUCUUUGAUUAGACCAAUAUAUUACUCAUCUAAUAUUUUUUGAGAAAAAUAGUC